AUGAGAAAAGGGGGUUCCUCAUUCCCGGACAAAGUGAUCUUAUCAAGGGUUGGAGGCUCUUCCCUUGACAAAAAUAUAGUUUUGACUUCAUUCCCUGACCGCCUCGCCGCAAAUUACUCGUCUGCAAAUUAUAUUCAGAUUAUUACACCACCGUCUUGUGCCACACAGCCAUCUAAUGUCUGUGUUCCCGAUUCUUCGGCUGGCUGCUUGUAUACAACCCCACUACAAGGGUCAACUAACGGAACAGGACAGCGACCCGCUUUAGGACGACCUCCGGCCAAACGCCGUUUGGAGCUGGACAUCACAGACCACCAGUACAGUGAACCGGCCAAGACAGGCAGAGGACAGAAGGCAGCUCUCAGUCUGAAGAGCCCAAAAGCUCCUAAAACUCCUCCUGAGAAGACCCGUUAUGACACGUCCCUGGGGCUCCUGACCAAGAAGUUCUGCCAGUUAUUGGCUCAGUCCUCUGAUGGCGUGUUGGAUCUGAACCAGGCUGCAGAUAUUCUCAAGGUCCAGAAGAGACGCCUCUAUGACAUCACCAACGUGCUGGAGGGUGUGCACCUCAUCAAGAAGAAAUCCAAAAACAACAUUCAGUGGAUGGGGUGCAGCCUGACGUCAGAGGGUGGACCUCUGCAUCCAGACCAGAGUUUGGGCAGAGAGGUCCUAGAACUCACCCAGGAAGAGAGACGUCUGGAUGAGCUCAUCAAAACCUGUUCCCACAGCGUCCAGCAGAUGACCGAAGAGUUACACAACCAGAAGUAUGCCUAUGUGACGUAUCAGGACAUCCGUAGGAUCAAAAGCCUGAAAGACCAAACCGUUAUCGCGGUCAAAGCUCCAUCUGAGACCAAACUGGAGGUGCCUGACCCUAAGGAGAGUUUGCAGGUCCAUUUAAGCAGCUCCCAAGGCCCCAUUGAUGUUUUUCUCUGCACGGAUGACAGCCCUUUUCACAAUGGCCUGGAUGUGAAUGGAAACCACGCUGCUUUUCUCAAAGUCUCACAAGAAAACGGAGCUGGUGGAACGAUGGACAGUCUCACAGUGAAUGGCAGCAGCAAUGGGAGCGUUAACAGGAAUGACUGCGCCUCCCCGACAGACGCCUCACACUCCUCCGCGACUCCCAUGUCUCCUCUAACCUCCUCCCUCUCCAGCAUCCUCCAACAACCAGAAGACCAGAUCCCUUUCGUCUCUCUCUCCCCCGCCCUCCUCAGCGACGACUACAUGCUAGGCCUGGACGAUGAACAGGGCAUCAGCGACCUCUUUGACUCCUAUGACCUUGACACGCUGCCUCUGGAUGACCUUUUGGUAUGA